AUGGUUUUCGAAUUUUCCAAAUUCUACUCCGUCCUGAUCGCAAGAUUAUUCCUGUUUCUCUUGUUUCUCACAAAUGUAGCCGUGUGCAGGCCCCAGGGAACUGAUGAAUUUACAAAUGAAGGACAAAAGUUCGAGAAGAAACGAACUGCAAUAACAGCGAAGCACGUACAUAAAGCUCAAAUCCCGGAAGAAGUCAUCGUUAGCGUCGUCAUUGCAAGUUUUGUCAUUGUGGCUGCAUCCAUCAUGUUCGUGAUGCAUGUCGGAAAGCUUCAGGAACGAGAAGCCGAGAGGAGGGAGAUGCGGGAAUUGCAACGGAAGGUUAACGCGGGUGGAAAGAGGUUUAGUUGA